ACGAAGCGGCGGAAGAGGCUCCCCUGUUGGUUUGCGUUUGCGUCCAUCGGCGGCGGGGACGGGACUGACCUAGUCGACGAACCGCGAGCGGGGCUGCUUCGCCGCUGUCAUGGCGAUCUUCACGCCGACUAACCAGAUUCGCCUGACCAAUGUGGCCGUCGUGCGGAUCCGGCGGGCGGGGAAACGCUUUGAGAUCGCCUGUUACCGGAACAAAGUCAUGGGCUGGCGGAGCGGCGCCGAAAAGGACCUUGAUGAAGUACUGCAGACACAUACAGUGUUUGUGAAUGUCUCCAAAGGUCAAGUGGCAAAGAAGGAAGACCUCAUCAAAGCUUUCGCCACAGAUGAUCAGACUGAAAUCUGCAAAACAAUCCUAGCCAAAGGGGAAUUGCAGGUCUCUGAUAAAGAGCGCCACACUCAGCUGGAGCAGAUGUUUCGUGACAUUGCAACCAUUGUUGCAGACAAAUGUGUGAACCCAGAAACCAAGAGGCCCUACACAGUCAUUCUUAUUGAAAGAGCUAUGAAGGAUAUACAUUAUUCAGUCAAGCCUGGGAAAAGUACCAAGCAACAGGCUUUGGAAGUCAUCAAGCAACUGAAGGAGACUAUGCAGAUUGAGCGGGCACACAUGAGGCUACGCUUCCUCCUGCCUCGGAAAGAAGGCAAGAGAUUGAAGGAGAAAUUGAAACCACUGAUCAAAGUAAUCGAAAGUGAGGAUUUUGACGAACAGCUGGAAAUUGUGUGCCUUGUGGAUCCAGGCUGCUUCCGGGAGAUUGAUGAAUUGAUCAGGUGUGAAACCAAAGGCAAAGGAACCCUUGAAGUUCUCAGCCUAAAAGAUGUGGAAGAAGGUGAUGAACGCCUGGAAUAAUUGGGUGCCUGUUGCUACCACUUCGCAAAGAUGUAUUAAAAGGCAUCCUAGAGUUGCCUCAUUGUGGAUUGACCUUUGCUUUUUUCAGUUUGAGGUUUUAUAUAAUUAUUACUAGUCCUCUGCCCCUUCCCCAAAUUUUGGUGGGUGGUAUCAAUUGAAGGUACCUUAUAAACACAUCUAGCCCUUAGAUUAUCUGAUAAUUGAGGGAUUUUACACUAAGUUUACUUCUGCUUUGGUUGUUUUGAGUAUAACUGCAAAAUGAGAGUUUUAUGUCAAGUGCCAAAAUGACCUUCCUUAAAAGCAAGGGGCUUCAAGGAAGGAACUGGCUGCAGUCUUCAAGAAUUAGCAGCAUGAGCUAGUAGCUGAGGUUUCCUCAAACAAGCACAGUAGUGUCUGGUUUUACCAGCAAGAUUUGUAAACUAAGAGAUAAACAGCCAUUGGUUGCUUUGUAUGAAGUGACUGCACAAAUAUAAUAUUGUCCUAAUUGCAGAAUAGCACGAUUCUGUGGAUUGUGAUUUACAGGCGAGAAGAGUUUAAUGGCCAUCCUUCCAGAGUCAGUCUUGGAAUUUGUUCUUGAGUUUGAUCCCAUUCAGGUGAAAGUAUAAAAAUACUGACACUAAAACCAGAAGUUGUUCAGAUAGUUUAUUUUGAAAAAAUUUUUUUACAAUAACUUAAUCUAGAAAAUAUUUAUUAAACAUUUUAAUUCAGGUAAAAGAACUACUUUGGCUCCAGUGAUAUAUUAGGCUUUUUUUGUUAUUAUUUGUUAUACUAAUUUAAUAUUUAGGAGUAAGCCAAAAGAACAGAUCAGUUCAUUGUCAACACAAAACUCUAGGGUGACUUUGAUUUCCUAUGAGUAAACUAAUAGGGGUGCUAUCAAGAAAAACAAAAGAAGUAUUGCCUGAUGUUUGUCAUUUCCUUAUAAUGCUUGGAAUUCAUAGUGCAAACUGUAUGAGAAUUCUUUGAGGAAAGCUGCACUUUUUACUUUCUCAGACACUGAGUGAGAACUUUAAAGUUGCCAUAUGUCAUAUAAAUAUUGAUGUACAACAUCACAAUCAUUUCUAUUGUAGAAUGUCAGACUUAAGUUUGGAAAUUCUUAGAUUUUACAAACGAGUUCUCUAAUGAAUGUAACUUAAACAAUUACAGCCUAAAAGCUGUUGUUAAUACACUGAGGAAGAUACCAAAGCAUAGGUGAGGGGAUACUUCCAUGAUGUCUGUCCAGGACCCUUUUUUUUUUUUUUUUUUAAGAAUAAGCACCUUCCAGCUAUCAUCCUAAUCCCCAGCCCACAAGGCUCAGUAGUUUUGUGUCAGUGACUAAUUCUUCAACUACAUGACUAACAAGAACUUCACGGUCUGUUACUCACUAAGUUUGUCUUUAUACAAAUAAACUUUACUGCUCUUCCUCUAGACUUUUUUCUGGUGAUAAGCAGUCUGAUUUCCUUAGCCUCGCUCUUUUGUGCCAUGGAUACAUGAAGUUACGUUUCUUGGUGGCUCCACUGUAUGUUGGCCAGCGGUGGGGGAGAGAGAAGACUUUAAAAAGAUCUGUGCCAGAUAUUAUAGCAGGAUCAUCUUUGAGUUGUAUUUCCCCUGAUCCUAUAGAUGAGCAGCAAACUACAGCGUGCUCUUCCAGAACCUCAUAAUUCCUUGGCUCCCCAUCAAGUAGCAAUUGGCCCAAAUUCAUGGAAGCCUUACUGUUUCAUCCAUAUAUUUAGUCCACCUUUUCCAGCCUGAGUGGCCUCAGUGUUUGCAAUCUCUAGAAUUUUCUAGCCAGCAUGGUCUUGACUAUGGAUGCUGGAGUAGAUAUCUACCAAUCCAGAGAAUUGAUAAAGGCUGUUUUAGUCCUCAUUGUAGGACCUAACUCAGUUCUGCAGCUGACUUCUAACUUCAUUAAGCAGAAUAUGAGAAACUAAGCAAUGGGGACAAAUGUUUUCUCUUUAAAAAAAAAAAAACUGAUUCUGGCACCAACCUUUUUUCCAGUGUCAUCACUAUUCCCCGUUACCUCCACAAUUCAGAAAUUGACUUCCAGUACCUAAUUCUUUUGUUUUUUUUAAGUGACACUAAAAAUAUAACCACAAUGCUGUAGUUCUGAGCGUCGGGGUAAAAAUGAUACUCUAAAGCUGCUUGACACCUGCUAACGUAAGAUAACCCUCCUGCCACCUGACCUGAGGAACAGAGGAUGAACUGAAAAAGUGGUGGCCAGGUGCCAUUUCAAUGGGACAGCUCACAAAGUAUGUAUCAAAUGCAUUCUGUUCAGAAGUUGGUGUUGUUCUCCUGGGUCAGGUACUACUGUACAAGCUUACACAGUAGAAAUGGCAGCUCUGUUGAAUAUCAGAUGGCUAGUUUUCUAUCUAGCCAUUUGAACCUUGUAUGUGCACAAUAUUGCAGGGAAGCAUGGUUGCUGUAACAGAAAAAAGAAUAUGAGCCAACUGUGAUUGGGAACCGCCAGUUGUAAUACAAACUGGAACCAAGUAAUUGAAGAACACCAGUGCCAAGAAAGCUCCAGCAGCAGUCUUCUGUUUAGGCUGGCUUGUAAGGGAAACCAAACCUAUUUCUAGCCUUGUUAAUUGGCUGAUUUUUCUGCCAUUUCAUUUCUCGCAGAAAGAGAAUAAGAAUUCUGAUGAAAGAUUAUGUUGCUUUGAAUUUUAAGAAAUGUAAAACACAGGCUUUUUAUUUAGAUACUGACAUUAAAAUAAGCUUAUUGUUACCUUUA